AUGACAGCAGUGGUCCAUUGUUUGCGAGUGUGGAGGCAUUACUUACUUGACCAACACUUCACCAUCUAUACUAACAAUGUGGCAACAAGUUGUUUCAACUACUAGAAAAAAUUAUCACUUAAAUAAGCAAGAUGACAAGACCUUUUAGUAGAGUAUAACUUCACACGUAAAUAUAAACUAGGAUAGACCAACGUGGUUGCCGAUGUACUGAGCCGUCAAGGAGCCAUAGUAGAAAUAACUACAUUAUUAGUAAGUGUAGAAAAUCUUUUGGAUGAAAUUCGGGUAGCAUAUAAUACGGACCUCACCAUUAAAUAACUAAUUCAAUAGAUAGAGUCUAGUGAGACAUGUCGAUUUUAGAUGGGGGAAGAUAUCCUUUAGACAGAGGGCCAACGACCUUUUGUCUCACAAGGGAGACAACUACGGUGUCGACUACUUUGAGAGACACACGAUGUGCCCUUUGCUGGACACUCGGGGCAAUAGAAGACACUAGCCCUCUUAUCAUCUAAUUAAUAUUGGCCAAACAUAGAGCGGGAUGUGGAAACAUAUGUCCACUCUUGCCUAAUAUGUCAAUAGGACAAGAUAGAGCGGCGCUGCCCAGCCAAAAUAUUGGUGUCGUUACCUAUCCUAGAAGGACCGUGGAAAUCUCUAUCAAUAGACUUCAUCAUAGGACUACCACGAGUGGGGGACCUAGACACCAUCUUGGUGGUGGUCAACAGGUUCUCUAAGUAUGCCACAUUCAUACCAACCCACUCAGAAUGCAAAGCGGAAGAAGUGGCCGGCUUAUUUUUGACACACAUUGUCAAGCUAUGGGGCCUUCUAUGAGACAUUAUUUUAGAUCACGACCCCCACUUCACUGGAAGAUUCUGGUCAGCCCUCUUUACUCUUUUGGGUAUUGAACUAAGCUUCUAUACAACAUUCUAGAUCGAUGGAUAGACAGAGAGAGUCAAUGGCAUGUUGGAAGAUUAAUUGAGACAAUUAGGUGGAGCUCUUAGAUGCGGCAUAGUUUGCUCAUAACAUUCAACAAUGUGUCUCUACUGGACACUCCCCAUGUGAACUAGCUAUGGGAAGGUAAUCAUUGACGCCUCCAGAAUUGGUGAAAUAAUAAGAAUCGGGAUACCUACUAGCCACAUACCGAUUUAUUAAGAACCGCCAUGACCGACUAGAGGAAGCUCGCAAAGCCCUUGCGAGAGCUGCUCAACAAAUGAACAAAAAUGUGGAUCGCUACAGACGAGAGGUUGAAUACGACGUCGGAGACUAGGUACUACUACGCAUAUAUCCUACCCACAAGAGUAUGUAGAGAUUGAAGCGCCAUAACGAAUUGGUCCCUAGAUACGACAGGUCUUUCCAAAUCGUCGCCUACAUAAGCCACCUGUUGUACUAUCUAUGACUCCCGCCAUGAGUCUCAAUCCAUCUAGUAUUUCACAUCUCCCUAUUAAAAGCUUACAAUGUAGAUGUGAAUGACCUAGAAUGUAAUUGGCCCCACUGCCCCCCACCAAUGGUACAAACACACUAUGACCAAGCAGCAAUCACCAUUUUGAAUCACCAGGUCAUCAACAAAGGAGGGUGCAACCAUGCCCACCGCAACACAUUCUAUCUAGUGCAAUGGGCAGAAUAA